CCCAUUUAAGCUCAGUGACCUAUAUGUAGGACACUGGUUUAUAGGCAUUGGUAUCGGAUCAAUUUAUAGAAUUAUUUUCCCCAAUCUGUUCUUAUCUACUAUGUGACAGUGUUUUUAUUAUAUAAAAAUUAUUUGAUUCAAUAGAACUGAUGGCUUUCAUACAAAAUCAUUACAUUUUACAACAGUGUAUUUUUCAGUCACCAUGGCGUCAUUUUCAAAACGACUAACUGUUCACGAAGUAACCGAAUUAUUAGAACAAGGGGAUAUCGAUGAUAUUUUUGACGAUGUUACUGACAUAUUUAUGGAGCCACCCGUAAAUGCAAAUAAUGAUAUCACUGAUGAAGACAGCGAUGAUGGUGGACCGAUAGGUGAUAUAAACCGCAUGCCGGCUAGCUUACUAAAUGCACAUAUAGUUAUACACGAUUCUGAUACAGAGAACACAGAAGUAGCAAACAAACAUAAAGUAAGUGGUAAUACAGUACAAAAGAAAAUAAAACAAAAAAUUGCUCAUCGACCAAGAAAUAAAAUAAAAAAAACAAACCAAGAUGCUCAACAAACUGUAUUAUGGCGUGAGGGAGAUCUAGAAACUCCAAAUAUUUUUGUUGAUGAUCAAAAAACAAAUUUAUUUUACAGUCCGUUACAACCCUAUGAACUGUUUGAGCUAUUUUUCGACCAACAAGUGUUGGAAAUGAUUGUUGAUUAUUCAAAUAGUUAUACAUCUAAUAAAAACCAAACACUUCAAAUUGAUGUAAACGAGCUGAAGUGUUUUUUAGGUAUCUUGUUGUUAUCAGGUUAUAAUGAAGUAUCACGAAGACGUAUGUACUGGGAAAAAUCACCAGAUACAUAUAACAACUUGGUUUCUAUUCGUGGUAAAAAAUGGUAUUCGUGUAUAGUAUUAUACUCUAUUGAUGUGGCUGUGCAGAAUGCUUGGCAGUUACAUAAACUCCAUACUGAAAAACCAAUGGACCUUUUGGCUUUUCGUAGGCACAUUGCGACCUAUUAUCUACAAAAAUUCAAUAAAGUACCAAAUCCUGGUCGAAAAGGAGGAAAACCGUCUAGUUAUAUUCCUCGAUAUGAUGGUGUAAUGCAUUACUUAGUUCCACAAGAAAAACAAACUAGAUGCGCAGAAUGUCAUCAAAAAACUACUUCAAGGUGUAACAAAUGUGAUGUGGGAUUGCAUUUGAAGUGCAACAUACAGUUUCACACAUUAAAAUAAUUAAUAUUUUCCAAAUAGUUUAACAAGUUAUUAAGUUAUUAUUAAUUUUAUAAAUAGACAAUUGUAAUAUAGUCGUUUUAUUAUAAUUAAUAUAGUGUCGAAUUUUGUUUUGUAUAUCACACCUUAUUUUCCCACUGUCCUUCAUAUAGGACACCUAUUA